CCAGGCUGAUCACACUGCCGAGCAGAGGCGGAGAGAGGAACGCGGGGCAAGUGAGAGACUGGAGACCAUUCAGUGGUUUUUCACUUGCAUGAACACACACAACCGCUGACCCUCCCCAAGGAUCUAACGAUGUGGACCGAAGUCGGAAAGCUCGUGCUUUUACACCUAUUACUCGUGGAGCUCCACUACGCUAAAGGAACUCAUACGGAGUCUGAGUGUGAAACCGGACAGUUUCAGUGCAACAAUGGACGGUGCAUCCCAAGCCUUUGGAGAUGUGAUGAUGAUGAUGACUGCUCAGACAGCAGCGAUGAAGAAAACUGUCCAAAGAAGACUUGUGCAACUACUGACUUUACCUGUAAGAAUGGGCAAUGCCUUCCUGCUAGGUGGCGCUGUGAUGGAGAACCAGAGUGUGCAGACGGUUCAGAUGAGGCUGAUGCAAUCUGCAGCCGACAGACUUGUCCUCCAGAGAAAUUUGAUUGCGGAGGGGCUGCCAGCAAAUGUGUUUCAUUGUCAUGGCGAUGUGACGGAGAGCGAGAUUGUGAGAAUGGGGCAGAUGAGGAACAGUGUGCUGCAGAUGCUAAGGCCUGCCCCUCCAAAGACUUUCAGUGUCGUAAUGGAAAGUGUGUGGCACCGAUCUUUGUUUGUGACGGUGACGACGACUGUGGAGACGCCAGUGAUGAGGAGAAAUGUUCCGCUCCCACCUGUGGCCAGCACGAGUUCCGCUGCAAUGACUCCGAGUGCAUCCCUGCCCUGUGGAGCUGCGACGGUGACCCGGACUGCAAGGACAAGUCCGACGAGUCUAUGGAGCGCUGUAGCCGGAGAACAGAGCCUCAGAAACCCCGCUGCCCCGUCGGCGAGUUCCAGUGUGGAAGCGGCGAGUGUGUGCAAAUGAACUGGAAGUGUGACGGCGACGCAGACUGCAAGGAUAAAUCAGAUGAAGCAAAUUGUCCCUUGCUUACGUGUCGGCCUGAUGAGUUCCAGUGUGGUGAUGGCUCCUGUAUUCAUGGCACCAAACAGUGUAACAGAGUUCAUGACUGUCCAGACUACAGUGAUGAGGCCGGCUGCGUCAAUGUAACGAAAUGUGACGGGCCUAAAAAGUUCCGCUGUAAAAACGGGGAGUGUAUUGACAGCAGCAAAGUGUGUGACAGUGUGAAAGACUGCAAGGAUUGGUCUGAUGAGCCGAUGAAGGAUUGUGGCCUGAAUGAGUGUGCAGACAACAAUGGUGGUUGCUCCCACAUCUGCAGGGACCGGAGAAUUGGUUACGAGUGUGACUGUCCCUCUGGAUACAAACUUCUGGACAAAAAGACUUGUGGAGACAUAGAUGAAUGUGAGAACCCAGAUGCCUGCAGUCAUAUCUGCAUCAACUACAAAGGAGACUAUAAGUGUGAGUGCUUCGAAGGCUAUGAGAUGGACCCUGCCUCAAAGACCUGCAAAGCCGUGGGAAAGAGUCCGUACCUGAUGUUCACCAACCGGCAUGAAAUCCGUCGCAUUGACCUGCUGAAGAGUGAAUACACACAGGUGGUUCCCACGCUGAAGAAUGCCGUGGCGCUGGAUGUGGAUGUGUCCACCAAUAAGAUGUUCUGGUGUGAUCUGUAUCACCGUAAGAUAUACAGUGCUUACAUCAACAAAGCCAGCGACUCCUCACAGCAGACGACGCUGAUCGACUCGCUCCACUCCCCGGAGGGCCUGGCUGUGGACUGGGUCCACAAAAACAUCUACUGGACUGACUCAGGCAAUAAGAGCAUCUCUGUUGCAACCGUAGAUGGCAGGAAAAAAAAAGUACUAAUAGCCACUGAACUGAGUGAGCCGCGAGCCAUUGCAGUGGAUCCACACCAAGGAUUUAUAUAUUGGUCAGACUGGGGAGGUGAGGCCAAAAUUGAGAAAGCGGGAAUGAACGGAGUGGACCGACAAGUACUGGUGUCUGAACACAUUGAGUGGCCCAAUGGAAUCACUCUGGAUUUGUCCAACAGACGUCUCUACUGGGUGGACUCCAAGCUUCACCUGCUGUCCAGUGUGGAUCUCAGCGGAGACAACCGUAGAGUGCUGCUGUCUUCCCAUCACCACCUUGGACACCCAUUUGCUCUCACUGUCUUUGAGGAUCACAUAUAUUGGACAGACUUGGAGGAUGAAGCGAUAUACAGUGUAAACCGACUGACAGGACAUGAUGUGGCAAAGGUUGCACAAGACCUUAACAACCCCCUGGACUUGGUGGUGUUUCAUGAACAGAGGCAGCCCAAAGGCUCUGACACCUGUAAUAUGGGCACUUUACCCAACGGUGGUUGCGAGUACCUUUGUCUGAAGGCCCCCCAGAUCACAGACCACUCCCCCAAGUACACCUGUGCCUGUCCUGAUGGCAUGGAGCUUGGGCCAGACAUGAGGCGCUGUGCAGUAGUUCGACUCAGAACAACCACCACAGCUGCGCCGACCACUCCCACCACAACAACAACCCCCACCCCCACUACAACUCCCACCACGACUACUACUACAACAAGCACGACAACGACUAGCACCGCUGCUACCACCACUACCACAAGAGCCGCAACCUCUGCUGCUACCACACCAAGGCACACGACAAGGCGACAUACCACACCAGAGUUUUUUCAGCCCUCCAGAAGUACGGGGCACCCUCGGACCGCUGACGCCACAAGCACAGAGACGGCGAGUCUCAGCAGCACCAGCCAGACAUCUACAUCCACACACAUCCCUCUACCGGGCCCAGUGGCCCCCAACAGCAUUCAAAGAGAGGCCAACGCCAACCUUUCUCACAGAGCUGCGAGUGAUCACUAUCUCAUUGGUAACAACAUCACAGUAGCGGUGUUGGGGAUAGUCAUACCAAUAGUCCCUAUCCUUGCCACAGUGGUCAUCGGAUUACUCUGCACUGGCGGAUACCUGGUUUGGCGCAACUGGCGACGCAGAAACACCAAGAGCAUGAACUUCGACAACCCUGUUUACCGCAAAACCACAGAGGAUGACGACGACGAAAUCCACAUUGGGCGUCACAGCGAGUCCAUUGGGCAUGUCUACCCAGCACGCGUGGCACUCAGUCUGGAGGAUGAUGGCUACCCCUGAUGGGGGAAUGCAGCCUACCCCAUCCACUCCAUUCCUGGCCCCUCCUCUCACCACAGUCUCUUCACCACUACAAUGAGGCCAGUACAACGCAGAGGAGAAUGAGGCGGAGUCUUCAUUUUGCUUCCCCCUUUUAAGGAGCAAGGAUGACACACAAAUCUUAGAAAUUCCACUUGUUCUCCUUCUUUGUCCACUGGAGUAACACUACUACCAUUACUAGCCACUUCUACUUCUGUUAGUGUUAGUUUAGAAGCCUCUGCUCCACUCCUCUCUUCCCACUGCCUCUUUUUAACAAUAGUGGUGUGUGAUAUGCUGCUCAACAAUAUCAUUCAAACUAACCUCAUUCUGCUGUCUCGGUUCAUACUGUAAAUUAAAGGCUUUCUGGCCACCAUAGUAGUGAAAAAGGCAGCUUGCAUGAUUUUUAAUGCCACAUGUUUUGACUAUUUAUUUAUAUGUUAAACGUGUAAUCAUCACUUAUGAGUGCACAUUACAAAAGGCAAGUUUGAUCAAGUUAGCAAAAAUCCUUAAUAGUAUUGUAACAGGAAAGGGUGUUAUAUUUAUUCAUAUUUUACAUCAAAAACUGAGAUAUAGUUUUGAAUCACAAUUACACCCAAGUGUCUCUCCCCCAAGAGUUUCACCUGAUACACUAUAAGGCUAAAUAUAGCCAAGGAGAAAGGAUAGAAAACAGGCAUCAUCUUGCACAAAUGGAGGUGAUUUUAGGGUGACAGAGUGAGGGAGGGAGAUUUUUUUGGAGGGGAACAGGAUGAUUUGUCCCACCAGUGGGCCAUGCCUUGAGGCAAAUGAACAGCAGGACGGAAAAGGCAAUGGGUUAUGGGUAAUCCUGUUUCCUGAUGUCAGAGGUACACAUAAUAUCCAAGGUUAACUUGGUGUUACGACUCACAUUCAUAUCGCUGACUUUUUAUGUUUAUGUCAACAGGCGUCAGUAUUUUAGAGUUUAAAACCUCAGUUGAAAAGUGUACGAAGCACCUUUCUCUGACUGUUUGAGGUAUUAAUAAUGUGCUUUAUUUUAAGCUUUUAGAAUGAAUUAGAUUCCAAAAAAGAAAAAAAACAUGUAUCUUUAUUGUAGAUUUUGACUGUCUUGACGGUACAGUUCUGGGUAAAACACAUCAGCUGCUGUAGUCCUCAUUUUAACAACUACUGUUUGAAAUAUUUGAACAAUCAAAAAGUAGCUUAAACAACUAUUUACAUAGAGGAAAACAUUGAAAACUGUAUAUUGAAUCAGAUUUUGCCUCACAGCUCCCAUCUGAUCUAUUUUCCCUUGGUUUGACAUGACUCGUUGAUCUUUAAGCUGCUACACAACACAUUUAUUAGCGUAUAGAACUAGAGUGACCCCAUUUGUGUGACUUCACAGCACUAGUUUUCCCCUUCGUUUCUGGCCGCGACAACUUCUCCAUCUUCACUCCCCCACUCCUUUAUCAGAGUAGCUGGAUGAGAUGAUGCAGAAAAACAGCGGGCAUUAGGAAGGAAUCACUUGCUGCUGUCGCCGAGGGUUCACUGUGGUUUUGAGUGGCCCUGUUUUGUAUGAGCAGACGAGUAAUACGCCAGGGUUGACUGAGCCCUGCACUGAUUUGAUUUCAAAGCUGGAUAGAGAGGAAAUGUGUGAGCCAGCUUAAAGAGCUGAUCUUCCAUUGGCUUGUCUAAGACAUGCUUCCAACCCAUUGAAUCAGAUGGAAUUUAUGCCCACUGAAUAUUGUAAUAAUUACUCAUAGUGUGUUCCAAUAGAGGAUUCCUGGGGGCUGUCACAGAAUGACAAGAAGUCACUGCACAUCAACAACCCCCUUAUUCUGGAAAUCAUUUAAUCCUUUUAUUGAGCAUUUUGACAGUGUUAAACACCAUUACAAUGUAUUAUGUAUGAAAAGAUUAGUUGUUGUUUUCAUUGUCAAGGAUAAACAUAGAGCACUUGUCUUCCAUGCUUAUGUUAGCAUAUCUGAGCAAAUGUUGCAUUUUAGAUAUGUUCAACUAAGAAGUGAUUUUGUAUGGCUUAUUCUCAGUUUACUUUACUUUAUUUAUACUUUAAAUAACGUGCAAAAAAAAAAAAAAAAGUCUUCCUGUGCUGGCUCACUAGUCUAAUAUUAUGCAUUCUUGCAAUAAUUAUAGCUUUGGAAAACCACAUGACAAAAAGAAAAGAUUACAAAGACACAUUACAAGAAAUGAGAGAAUUUAUACUGUCCUGGAAAAGGAAUGAUGGAUAUCUGGUGUUUUGUCUUGGCGUGCUGACUUUUACUGCACAAAAGAAGGGCGCUCCACCCCCUCACUUUUUGAUAUCCAUUUCUAGGUAUGCUAGCAAGGUAUAUUGGGGUCUUCUUUAAAACCGUGCUUCCCUACAUAUCUCCAGCAAAGGAUGAUUGAGCACAACAGGAAGGCUUUCUCCUUUGAUUUUGACCUUGCGUAUGUGAAACAACAUCAGAAUGCUACAUGGUGGGAAAGACUAACUCACAUCGGCGUGGUGUUAUGCGUUUUGGUGGCCUCCUGCAAUGUUUGGUUUUGAGGGAGGUUUAAAGAUUGACAUAUGGAAGAGAUUUCAUUAUCGCACCUACAUUGUGGACACUUUUGGGGGAAAAGGAAAAAAAAAACAGAAAUAGUGACUUGUUAUAAUGCUGACAUGAUGAUAUAUUCCCAGUUCUAAAGAAAAACACAGAGGGAAAAUCAGAAGACAGGUGCCACUGGUCAGACAUCUUUGUGAGUUAAGAAUGAAUAAACUGCAGGCGGUUAGAUGGAACCCUGAGCUGAGUCAGCUCUGCACCCCACACUUUCCUUCAUGCCCAUGUUUGCCUCAGGUCUAAUGGAGUUCCAUGCUGAGGGUUUGCAGUUAGAAGGAUAAAUUGCUUAUUUAUUUAGGUGCCUGACCGUGACAUUGUGGGAAAGUUAUUAUGGUUACAGUGUGAAGACAGAUUGGCUGGUCCACUUUGUGGUCACCUCCAGAGGAGCCGUCUAAAGUGAAGGAUAUUGAGAAAGUCCAGACUGAGGCUUUCAUCAUUCAUUUUAUCAGGUAGUAAUGUUAAAGGGCAUGAUGUGACCUUUUGCUCUCUACAAACCUGCUGCACACGUGUUUCAUAUUUACCAGAACAACAGUGCAGCCAACACUAACCAGUGCGUUAUUGAGAGGAUUAUUUGUGGUAUUAAGUUAGAAUUUGUCUAGUUAAAAGGAUCAGUUUAAGAGCCCUGCCUCAUCCUAACACACUAUGGGGGUUAGUUGCGUAUGUUCAUAUAUAGCUUGAGUUUUUCGUUUACUUUAAUAUAGCCACAAUGUUGUGAAGGUACUCCAAGUGUGGUGGUCAGUGGUACAACACUUAUAAAAUGCGAAACUGUUGUUAUAUUGCUGUUUCUAUCUUAAAUGCAACUGCUGGUUUAUUCUGAGAGGUGACUUUUUUCAGAGCCAGUAAGGCACUACAAUAAUGUGCUCCUCUGCACCAUAGUGGCAGGCAGGUGUUCAAGGCGAGUGAUGGGUAUAUAAGGCCACAUGGCUUUAACAUCAAACUGAUAUCAGGGUUAACAUACCGAAUCAAAUCUGUAACUACGUUAAGUCUGUUCAAGAGUUAAUGGUUAUGGUUAAAUUAUGAUGAAUACCAUCCCUCUGAAGUCACUGCAGACUUUUCCUUUAAUAGACAGGACCAUGUUUUCGUUGUCAGUGCUGUAGUUACAAGAAGCAGGUAUGAAUUUGCAGAAUGGAAAGUAAAGCAGAAAAACUGAACACAUCAAAUAUCUCUGGCUGGAAAAAUGGAAUCCAGGGUGCACUGCAAACUGCAUUUUACUUAUGCUGCAUUUGAAUGUAGCUUCUUUGGUGAAAGGGUUUCCAAGAAUGAAAGGUACUGUUUUGCAGUGCAGAAUAAAUUGUGCUCAACUCAUGUUGCACUGUUCGUCUAAACAUUUUACUCAUUUGUUAAAAUCUUACAUAAAUCUUUAAUCCUUAACUAACUCAGCUGCAUUAUAUACAUUACUAUAAAUAUAGGUCAAGUUAAAUUUCUUUUAUGAACUCUGUUUUUUAAUGAUGCAUGUUAUCAGUUCGCCCCAGUAAAUUCUAACAGUCCUGCUAACUAUAUGGCAGAACAACCAUUGUUCCUGAUUUGUGUUCUUCUCUUCAAUGUUAAAAAAUUCUUUCUCAUAACAGUCUGAUCCCUGCUGCUUUUACCAGAAUGCUUUUUAACAUCACUCGCAUCGCUCCACCAUUUCACCUCCUCAUGUUAUAUCACAUGUAAUGCCAACAGUGAUGUUUGAAGUCCUUUGAUUAUCAUACUACUGAAUUUCUAGCUUUUAGAAAGCCAAGUCAGUAUUGUCUCUGUGCACUCUCACUCUCUGGCCCUUCCAUCUUCAUAUCAGCCAUCUUUCCUUCGGCAAGGGCUUUGAUAAGCAGACACACACUGGAAGAGUUAAAACACUGGAGGAAAUGACCUGAAAGCCCCAAAAAAUAACAAGGAAACCCCUCGGAGCUUAAAAUGUGAACCAGCAGACUGACAACGAUCGCACUCAGCCAGGAGAAGCAGCCUCUUCUUCUAAGUACACUGUCGGUGGAUGGAAACUUUCAGUGACUGUAGUUGGUGGAUUUUUAGCUCAUGUUGACAGUGACUUUCCUUGAUCAACUUUUUCCUUUAUUCACAUUUUUUUAUUUUUUUGACUGUGAAUAUGAAAGUGAUCUGUAGUUGUUGCUCUCCUUGCUAAACCAUUCCCACUUUCAUAUUUGAUCUACUUGAUGUUUGAAUACUUGAAUGGCAGUGUUCAGUCAACUACCUUUUCCUACCAGCCAGUGUAAAAUGAAGGUUGCCUGUGAUGAAGACUUUGAAUAAGAGGUUGUGAAAUCAGUGUUUUUUUUGUUUUUGUUUGUUUGUUUUUUGUUGGGGGGGGGGGGGGGUAAAUUUGAUCAUAUACAGGGGCAGUAUUUUGAUAUUUAACAUUAUGGACACAUUAUUAAAACAUUCAACUUGGAUAAAAAACUUAGAUGGGAAACAAUUUGCUCCAGUUUUUACAACUAUGUGCACCUGCAUUUUCUCAAAAUAUUGCUGAUGUAUCGUUGCCUGCAAGGAAAUCUAAAAAGCAAACAAAAAAAAAAGAAAAACAUUUGGGGCUCUGUUCAUUCCUCAGCCACACCACAGACAUUUUUUAUGCUGUUUGUUGCACAAAACUUUUUGAGAAGCCUUCUGCACUGUGUAAAGAGACAACAUUCUUAGUAGGGGAGGAAAUAAAGGGGGUGGGGGGAUCCAGUGGUAGACCAAUGGAUUGAAUCGUGACAUGUAAAUAAUAGGUUUUCAUACAACAAAAACUUUUUGAUAAUGUUUUAAAUGUAUCUGUAAAAAAAGAAGAAAAAAAGAAAAAAAAGAUGUAAAUAAACCUCUGGGGUAAAAA